AUGUCUACGUUUGGUGGGCCCGGCGGCCGACAGAUCGUCUCCAAACCUAGCCCGCCAGAACGAGGCUCCUUCCCUCUGGACCACGAUGCCGAAUGUCAACCGAUCAUGAAGCAGUACCUCCGCUGCAUCCGAAGCUUUCGUGGAGUCAACGACGACGAGUGCAGGCAUCUAAGCAAGUCGUACUUGCAAUGUCGAAUGGACAGAAAUCUCAUGGCGCCGGACUCGAUGAAGAAUCUCGGCUUCCAGGACUUGUCCAAAUCCGCGGCGACCACGGCCGAGAAGCCCGCGACAUCGACGGACGAACCGAAGGCGUCGACCAAGAAGUGA